GCACGAUUCACGAUUUGUCAUUUACGAUGCAAAACGCAAAGCUCCCCAUUGGGGUCGCUCAGCUGCUCAGCUGAGCAAAAUUACUUAUCGAUUGUACGCUUUUAUAAUUCCAUCUGUUUGAUUGCAGUGCCAUUUUUGUAUUCGUAUUCGUAAUAUAGACCCGCCGGUAUUCAGUUCCUCAAAAUGACUACUAUAGUAAGUGAGCUUAGUAUGAACGACCUAAACAGUAAAUUCUUCGAAAUUAUGAAGAGCGAAGGCAACGCAGAAGAUGCGGCCAAUUUUAUUUAUGAGAAUCUUUACGAUGAUGUCAUGUUGGGAUUUGUUUUUGAGUUCCACCACGGUUUGAAGACGGGGCUAACUGAUUUGAUGGAAGGCGAAAAAGAGGAAGAUGAGGGAUACAAGAUUGUGGUGUCGAAGGAUUUCGAUGUUUUUGGCUUAUCGCUUGUGAAAAAAACCCCUGACUCUAACUGCUCUUGCCCUAACUGCGAGCGGCCGGUAUCUGCAACUCGUUUUGCUCCUCACCUAGAGAAAUGUAUGGGAAUGGGACGGAACAGCUCACGCAUUGCGUCACGGCGCAUAGCAUCCAAUAGUCGGGAACCCACUUCAUAUGCAGGACUACUCAGUGAUGAUGAGGACGACGCUGACUGGUCAGGCGGCUCCAUGCAGAGCGAGAGACGCAAACGCAGGAUCAGGAACAAUAAUAGCAGGAAAUCUAAUAAAAUGCAUAACGGCAACAGAAAUAACGGCCAUCACAAUUCCGAUGCGAACGAUGGAGGGGCCACAUACGAAACCAUGAGCGCCAAUGAGAAGAAGAACUUACUGCAGCAGAUAUGUGGUGUUGUCUCGGAACAUACUAAAAAAUUAUGUACAAGGUCAACCCGAUGUCCCCAACACACAGAAGAGCAACGUCGCGCACUCCGCAACUCAGUUCUGGAACCUUCCACGCCGGAGUCACAAAUCGGCCUUACAGCUGAUGAUGCAGGAUCACCCCCCGACUCCAGCCCAUCAUCGUCAUGCUCUUCAUCAAGCAGGAAAAGAGAUAGACAUCGCGCGUUACCCAAGAGCAAGAGUAAGCGAGAGAGGAAUAUGUCGCCUAGCGGCCGCGACUGAUAAACGACGGAGAUAGACUUAGAAUUAUUAUAAUUUGACGCUAUGGACAGUUUCGGCUUGGCAUUUCUGUUUACGUCUUAGAAUAUCACUGAGAUUGAAUAUAAUUGUACUGAAAAAAUAAUAAAUGAUGACUUGAAAAUAAUAUUCUAAGCCCAUGUUAUAUAAUUAAUGGACUAUUUUUGUUUUUAUGUGCAUAGGUAAAAAUGAGGCGUUGAAGCUAGCUAGAUUUUUGAUUUCACCACAGUCUUAUACAAACAGUCGUUCAAUGAAGUUGUAGACAGGUCAAUCAUGCGGGGCAAGGUGGAAGACGCGGGAGGAUCGAGCCCGAGCUACAUACACCAUGUUGUUAGCAGCUCGGGACACAAUUUAGGUGCUGCCACGCGCAUGUUUUUAUGUUUGUAGGUGUCAUAUGCUUAUUAAAAUUGAAACUGAUGUUUAAUUACGAGGAAAAAUGGUACAUACCACUUUUCGUGUGUUUUAAAUAGCAUCUGCGUUUAUACCAUUAUAUUAUUGGCAUUAUUGAGUUGGGACAAACAUUACACUGUCUAGAUGCUUUUAUUAAGAGAUCAAAGGCGUUAUACUGCACUGCUCUUUAUACUGUGAUUUCACUAUGAUUCUAAUAACUAUUGUAUUUUUAUAGUAUCCAUACAUUGUGACACAUUUUUCUUGGGAUUAAACACUCUAGAAAAGUGUUAGUAUAUUUAAUUGAAUAUGUAUAUUAUGAGACAGUUUUGUAAUAAAAAUUCUUAAUAAUCUUU